AUGAGUGGUGUUUGGCUUCCUAUGGAGCUAUGCUUCAAAAUAAUCAAAAAUGUGUAUGAUCCAAGCACCCUCUUCACCUUUCGACUGGCCAAUCGUGCGUGGAACUCGGCGGCCUCCAAGCAGUUCGAACACAUUGCCUACCUCUCUCUGGAUCCGAAGACGCAGGAAAAUCUCAGGAUGAGACUGAUCACAAAAGAGACCAAAGAUUCCACAAAGGGAAUCGUCAUCUGUGUCCCUGAAAGUGACUAUUUUGUCUUGAGAACUUCCGCUGGCAGCACCAAAAAGACCUCCAAAACCAACAAUAACCUGUCGGUAUUGAGAGAUCUGGUUGAGAACAAGGUCCCUGAGCUCAAUAACCUCGUCCACAUGGCGGUGCACUUCCGCCCACCUCCGAAAGCAUUGGGCCUUUACGAGGCCGAUACCUGGUUCAAGGGUCUGACAAUCUACCACAUGAUGGUAGACCUGUUAAGGCUCUGUGAGUCCCAGUGGCGAGACUUCGUCCCCCCGAACUUCUGGAUCCUGCCAGCCAUGUUUACCCUCCGCCACCUUUCACUUACCUGCUGGGGAUUCUACAUGGUGGAGUGGACCAGAUUCGGAAACUAUGUGGGCAGAGACCGAAUUUUGCUCCCAAACUUGGAAAGCCUCGAACUGGGCGGUUGCACCUUCAUCAGCGACCUCGAGCUGAACUGGAUCCUGGCUCACAAGAAUACCCUUCGCUCCCGCAAAUUCGACGACUGUGCCAUAAUCUACUGCUUGCAGAUGGGUCUUGACAACGAUUUCGCCAACCUAUCCCGUGCUACUCGGGUUGAGACCAAGGGUAAUAUGAGACUGCAGUUAUUUCACUCUCAAUGGCAGGAGUGGUUCCACAAGUUCCGCGCUGGCUUGCCGCACUUGAAUGACUUCCAGUUUGGAAGUAGUCGGAUCCAUGCACCCGGAGAACAAGGUCCACCCGCUGAGUUCUUCCAGUCGGAGAGAGUGAAGGGUCCUCGCUUCGAGCAAAAGCCUAAGUUCCUGAUGGGCCUUUUCCCGGACGGAUAUCUGGAAAUGAAGCAGAAUCUGAUCAUAGCUCCGUGGAUCGUGGACCCGGUUGCGAGGACAUACAAGAAACGACCCACAUGCGACAAGGCUGAUGUGGUUGCUCUUCGCUUGCUGCUUAAGCAUACUAAGCAGCUCGGCGUGGAGGAGAAUGCUACCUCUGAUCAUGCCGGGUAUGUUCAGAAUUUGCUGGGUCAUAUCAAGCCACUGGAGCAGGCUUAG